AUGACGAAGAUAUCGGAUCUACCAGACAAUUUGGCAAAGAACAUAUUGUCUAGGGUUCCGUUGACAUGUACGAGAAGAGUGCGGUUUACAUGCACAAGGUGGAACGCUUUAUCAAAAGAUCCGAGCUUUGCAAAGAAGCACAUUGGUGGAGCAGCGGCAAGGCUGUUAAUCUUGAGGUCUGAGUUUAAGGUCUGGUUGAUGAGCGUCGGUUUCCAUGGAAGAAGCCACUCGGUUGAUCCAUAUGUGAAGGAAGGUAAGCUCACUAGCCUAAACAAUUCAGAAUCAGAUCAAGAAGUCGAGAUAUCAAAAGUUUUCCACUGCAGCGGGUUGCUCUUGUGCUUGACCAAAGACAGGACCAGGCUCGUGGUUUGGAACCCGGUUCUGGGACAAACCAGGUGGAUCCAACCCAGAAACGCUUACCACAAACAUGACGUGUAUGCUCUGGGAUACGACGUAAACAAGAACCAAAAGAUCUUGAGGUUUCUCGAUGAACUCUGGGAAGUUGGGAACCCUUAUGUUGAACACGAAAUCUACGAUUUGAAGUCUGACUCAUGGAGGGUUCUUGAUGUGACUCCUGACUGGGAGAUUGAAUCUUAUCAACGUGGGGUGUCUUUGAAGGGAAGGACUUACUUUUUCGCUAAAGAGAAAAUACUAGUGGAAGAGGAGGUGGUGGAAGAAGUGGUGGAAGAGUUGGUGGAAGAAGAUUUUUUGCUCUGUUUUGAUUUUACGGCAGAGAGAUUUGGACCGCGUUUGCCUCUGCCGUUUCACUCUUACCCUGAAGAAACUGUGACUCUGUCUAGCGUUAGAGAUGAGCAGCUUGCGGUGUUAUAUCAGCGGGAUACAUCCUUUGUAGAGAUAUGGGUUACGAGUAAGAUUGAGCCCGAUGAAGUAUCAUGGAACAUGUUGUCGUUCCUGUCAGUGGAUAUGGCACCACUUACUGGUGUUCCUCACCUGUUUGCUCAUUACGCUGGGAGUUUCUUCAUUGACGAGGAGCGUAAAAUGGCUGUUGUUUUUGAUAAAGACAAAGAGGAGGAUAUCUACCACACAGCUUACGUGAUUGGAGAGAAUGGUUACUACAGAGAAUUUGAUAUGGAAGAGGAUGAUUUCCACUACGAAGAAGAUGGAGAACCCACUGAUUUCCCACUUGUUUGCUCUUAUUUUCCCAGUUGGGUGAAGAUCCAGCAAGGUGGUGAACGAGGAAGCAAAAGGAAAGAACGAGACUGA